UCAUAUUUACAAAAGGUCGACCGGUGUAAUGAAUAGGUAAAGGUGCGCUGAUGGGCAAAAAUUGGCAGCAAUUCAAGAAUUCCCGCUUUAUUAGAAUGCAAUUCAGUUUGUGAUACACGCGCUCCAUUCAAAAUGACAUGUGACCUACGAUAAUUACUCAUUUUAUUCCUUGAACUUGCUUAUUUUUAAGUGAAACGUGAUCGUAAAGUGUGUUUAUUAGAAUAAUUAAUGAUGCGCUACACAUUAAGUAAAAGUUUAAUCAAUUUUUCUUGUAAAAGCUGAAAUUAAUUUUCGCGUUGAGAGAAUUUAAACUAGACAAGACGGAGUCGCAGUUUACGCAAAACGUGGAAAGAUGGUCAGAUUCAUAAAACGAGUGACGUGAACUAUUAGUGCCUUUAAAAGUAUUAUAUCAAAGAAAGAGCAACACUGUCUGGAAAUAGAAUCGAAACACUUUCGCUAUAAUGGAGUUCCAAACGAAAAAGCAGAGAAAGCCCAAUCCGAGGGCAAAAAUAAAUCCAAUAUCUGCAUUACUGUUUACACAAAUGUAUCCAAUUUUAUGUCGAAAUUACAAGACCGGAUUGACAGAAGACGAUUUGUUCGAGCCAUUGGAUGAACACAAGUCGAGCAAUCUCGGCGACAAUCUGGAAAAGGCAUGGAGCGAAGAGCAAGUUAAACACAAAAAAUAUGCGCUGCAUUUGGCACUGUUCAGAGUGUUUGGUGUCAGUUUUGUAGUUUUAGGAAUUUGCAAACUUGUACAAGUCUUGAUACCAGUGAUUGUCAUGCCUAAAGCGAUAGGCAUAUUAGUCUCUUAUUUCAACAAAAAUUCAGACAUUGAUGAUAAUCAGGCCUAUCUGUAUAGUGCGCUGCUGAUCUUAUCGCUUGCCGUUGACGCAUUGUUCUGUCAUUCAACAAUGAUGGGGAUGAUGCAUUUAUGCAUGAAAUUAAGAGUCGCUUGCUGCUCCCUAAUUUAUCGAAAAGCGCUUAGAUUAAGUCAGUCGUCGUUGGGUCAAACCACCAUUGGACAAAUUGUGAACUUGCUAUCCAACGAUGUGAGCAAAUUCGACCAGCAUUUUAUCGUAUGCCAUUACGUUGUUGUAACUCCAGUACAUGCCAUCCUAGGCACAUAUCUGCUCGCAAAGAUUAUUGGUGGUCCCGCCGCUUUUGCCGGGAUUGGUUUUUUAAUAUUAUUCAUUCCUCUACAAUUGUACCUGGGUAAGCGCACAUCCGUCCUGAGAUUACGAACGGCACUGCGAACAGACGAACGAGUACGCCUUAUGAACGAGAUUGUCUGCGGAAUUAAAGUAAUUAAAAUGUAUACCUGGGAAAGACCUUUUGCAAAACUAGUUUCCUAUGCCAGAAGAAUUGAAAUUAACUCAAUUCGCGCUCAACUUCUUAUGCAAGCCGUUGUAUACUCAUUGGAAAUGUUUACAACAAGAACAUCCGUUUUUAUUAGUAUUUUAGUUUACAUAUCCUAUGGGCAAAACAUAACUGCCGAAACGGCGUUUGCGAUCACUGCCAUAUAUAAUAUUCUUCGACCGAUAAUUACAACGUUGUAUUCUGAGAGCAUAAUGUCAUUCGCCGAGGUGCACAUUUCCAUAUCUAGAUUGCAAAAGUUUCUGUGUUUCGAGGAACUACCGCAAAAACGUCUCGAAGCGGAGGAUAAGGCGAGGUGUCAGCGUAAUGGUAAAAUUUCAAUUUUAAAUGAGGACGAAGAAUUCGAAUUGGAUGCUAAAUGUGAAAAUCCCAGUAUUUUAUUGCAUGGAGUCAAAGCCAAUUGGAUAGUGGAUUCGCCCGAUAACACUUUGAGUGAUGUCAAUCUGAAUAUUGAGAGGAACCAAUUAAUUGCAGUCAUCGGUCCGGUUGGAAGCGGGAAGAGUAGUUUGUUCAAUGUGAUCUUAAGAGAGUUGCCAACGUCUUCAGGGUACGUGAACAUCCAAGGCCGAGUCUCUUACGCCUGCCAGGAACCCUGGUUGUUCUCGGCUAGUGUACGGCAGAACAUUCUGUUCGGCGAUGCGUACGACGAAACUCGUUACAAAGCCGUAGUAAAGGCGUGCGCUUUACGCUCUGAUUUAGCCAUGUUCCCAUUUGGUGAUCGAACGAUCGUUGGCGAAAAGGGGAAUUCGUUAAGCGGCGGUCAAAGAGCGCGAAUUAAUUUAGCUCGAGCUGUCUACAAAAGAGCCGACAUUUACCUUUUGGACGAUCCCCUGUCUGCGGUCGAUGCCAAAGUUGGGAAGCAACUCUUCGACGACUGCAUCAUGAGAUUUCUGAACAAUAAGAUUCGUAUUUUAAUCACACAUCAGUUACAAUACUUGAAGGAGGCGGACAGAAUUUUAAUCUUCGAUGACGGCAAGAUCACACAGGAGGGUACAUAUCAGGAGCUAUCAACUAGCGGCUUGGAUUUCGCGAAACUUUUAGCCGAAUUUCAAGUGGGCGAAGAGGAAGAAGAACGAAAGAGGAUUAGGUCCCGCCAAAACUCUGAAAUAUCUCUGGAUCGCUUUGACGUGGAAGAUAUUGACCCUGAAUUGCAAGAGGAGAAGGCUGCCAGUGGGAAUAUUAAGUUGGAGACCUACGUCUCUUAUUUCAGGUCAGGAGGUGGAUACUUUGUAAUUCUCCUGAUGGCACUUGCCUUUGUUGCUGUACAAGGCACAGCUAAUCUGAGCGACUACUACGUUGCUUAUUGGGUGAAUAAAGAACAAGACGCUUCAAAUCCGGAAAAGAACGUGACCAUCGACAGAGACGCAAUAAUUUACACGUAUUCAGGAAUUAUUUUGGCGACAAUAGUUAUAUCAGUUUCUCAAGGACUGCUUUACUUUGCAUUUAUGAUGCGAGCGUCUAUAAAUCUACACGAUUUCAUUUUUAGUAAAAUAUCGUACGCGAUCAUGCGAUUUUUUGACGUUAAUCCAACUGGUAGAAUUUUGAACCGAUUUUCCAAAGAUAUGGGCAUUAUUGACGAAUAUAUACCACUUAUAUUCAACGAUUUUUUCAGAAUUGCGUUGUACUUAUUUGGAAGUUUGAUAUUAAGCGCGGUGGUAAAUCCGUGGUUUAUUAUUCCGUCGAUAGUCUUGCUUGUUAUUUUCUAUGGGCUACGUUCGAUUUAUAUGGAAACCAGCAGGAGUGUAAAACGGAUAGAAGGGAUAACAAGAAGUCCUAUUUUCAAUCACAUGGCAGCUUCAUUGUGUGGAGUAUCAACCAUAAGAGCAUUUUCAGCGGAAGAAUUACUUGUAAAAGAAUUUGACAACCAUCAAGACUUGCACAGCUCCGCGUGGUUCUUGUUUAUUUUAUCCAAUCGAACUUUUGGCUUUUGGGUAGACGAAAUAUGUUUACUCUUCAUUACUUUUGUAAUACUUUGCCUAUUAUUUAUACAAACAGACUAUUACGGCGGAGAUGUAGGCUUGCUUCUCAGUCAGUACAUCGGUUUGGUUGGUACACUCCAAUGGGGAAUGAGGCAGUGGAGUGAAUUAGAAAAUCAUAUGACAUCAGUUGAACGAGUUUUGGAGUAUACAAAAUUGGACACAGAACCUGAGCGGAAAAAAUUUGAAAACUUACCCGCGAAAUGGCCAGCGUUCGGUAAAAUAGUAUUCUCAGAUUUGUCAAUGAAAUACGACCCCGAAGAAGAAUUUGUACUUAAACAUUUGAACUUCACAAUCCGUCCCUCGGAAAAGAUUGGCAUCGUCGGACGAACCGGUGCUGGAAAGACAUCCAUUAUCGCCGCACUAUUCCACUUAUACGAGCUUGAGGGCGCGAUUGUCAUUGAUGGUGUUGACACGGCAAAGCUUCCAUUAGAUUUACUUAGGUCCUCCAUUUCAAUAAUUCCACAAGAACCUGUGUUGUUCUCAGGCUCAAUUAGGAAAAAUUUGGAUCCGUUUGAGGAGUACACUGACGAUGUAAUUUGGAGUGCCUUAGAGCAGGUGAAACUCAAAGAACUGAUCGCUGAGUCUCCUGCAGGAUUAAAUGGAAUAGUGUCAGAAGGUGGAUCCAAUUUUAGUAUUGGACAAAGACAACUAGUAUGCUUAGCGAGGGCCAUUAUACGUAAUAACAAGAUUCUUGUUAUGGAUGAAGCUACAGCGAAUGUAGAUCCACACACAGAUGGGUUAAUCCAAAAAACGAUACGUAAAAACUUCGCGCAAUGUACUGUAUUAACAAUUGCUCAUCGUUUACACACCAUAAUGGAUUCCGAUAGAGUAUUAGUCAUGGAUGCGGGAAGAGUAAUUGAAUUUGAUCAUCCUCAUAACUUACUGCAACAAACCGAUAGCAUUUUCUACACAAUGGUGAAGACCACAGGAAACAUUACCUCCAAAAAUCUCCACAGUAUAGCUGAAGAGAGCAUUACCAAACUGAAAAAUAUGGGAUACUAAUUUCAUUACCUCACCAUUUUUACCUAUACACGACAGUGGCUUUCAUCUAUUAGUGCAUUAUUUAAGGGUACUAUUAUGUUAGGCAAUUAAUACUUUUUUUUACAAAACUGUUAUUUAAACAUUUUUAAAUCACGUAUUUUUAAUAAAAAUAUUUAAUGAACUGAG